GAAGGAUCUCCAAGUGUCGCAGAGUGCAGAGCAGCGCCGCCAACUCUCUGGCGUCACUUUCCUGAUGUAAGACAAAUCUGAAGAUUACUAACUCAAAGAAAAAAACCUGUGAGAAACCGAGGAGCUGUAUUUUAUUAAAAGGGGAUUUUUCUAGGUCAGUCAGCCGGAGAGAACUGCCAAGUUAUUUAGGUACACCAGAAGCAGGGGCAGCCAGCCGGGCGAUCUGAGUGUUUCCUGGCUUUGAUGCGACCCGACUGUGCCUGGAGCAUGUCCACAGUGGGCCUGACUGCCCAGGAGAUCUCUUUUCCCAUAGAAAACCCCUUCCUCCGGGCUGCCUCCUGUCACAGCAUGGCUGGAUCCAAACCCUCCUGGAGCUAUCGCCAUGAGCCCGUGGACAACUUCUACUUUACUAUGGAUGCAGCACACACAGAUAACAGUUACCGAUCUCAGCAUAAGGGGCCACCUGCAAGCUAUGAAAAACACAAGCACAGUCCCAUCUUGCAGAGGUUACCUCCAAAGAAAUCCCGGCCCAUCCAUCUGUCUCUUUCCUGCAAUACCGAACCCUCCACCCCGAGUCCUGCUGAAGACGACCAGGUGGUCCCCUCAUUCCAGAAGCUGUCGUUCUACGAGUGCAGCAGCCCACCACAGACACCGGACAGAUGCUCCAAGCCUCUGCCACCCAUUCCUCCACAAACAGACAUCCCCCCUGAGCAGGCUAUGGACAACGAGGUUGAAUUUUUUACAAGUACGGAUGAAAACUGUUGCCUGGUUUCCAGCGUUGACCAGUGUUCCAAACCAUCUCCUUUUCGAUACGGGCUCCCGAGCCGAAGGAGCUUCAGGGACUGCGGACAGAUUAACUAUGCCUAUUAUGAGGGUCCUUCGGGGCCGCCAAGCCCAGGACCGCCCCAACAGAACCAUCAGGCGCAUCCUCCGCAGGAAGCGCGGGAACAGUAUGAGCAGCAGCGACGGGAGCCGCCCGAGCGUGUGGUCUGUCAGAGACCGCAGGACAAGGCUCAGAGGAAGCUACGGCGUUCACACUCUGGCCCAGCUGGCUCUUUACACAAACCCUCACUGCUGCGCCUCACAUGUCACAAACGCCACUCUAACAAUUCGGAUAAACCAGAAGUGCCACCGCCUAUCCCUCCACGUACACUCAAAACAGGAGACUGCCGCCGCUGGUCAGCAGAGGUCUCGUCUGGGGCUUACAGUGAUGAGGACAAACCACCAAAGGUGCCACCGAGGGACCCUUUGUCCAGAGGUAGCUCCCGUACUCCCAGUCCCAAGAUGCUUCCUACGUACAUUAAUGGGGUGAUGCCCCCUACCCAAAGCUUUGCACCAGAUCCGAAGUAUGUAAGCGGUCGGAGUUUCCACAGACAGAACAGUGAGGGCUCGCCGUGCAUCCUUCCUGUUAUGGAGAACGGCAAGAAGGCCAGCGGUACACAUUACUACCUUAUGCCUCAGCGGUCGGGGUUUGCGGACUCGCAUUGUGACUGCCACACACACAGGAAAGUGGAUUUAGUUUGAACGAUUUUACUGGAAGUUGUAAAGGACUCUACUGUACACAAGCAAAGACAACUUGACAAAAUGGUGAAAUUGAAUGCUAACAUCCCUCAAACGGCUGCUUUUACUGUGUUUUUUUUUUUUUUUUUUUUUGCUCUAUACAGUUACUGGUGAAGUUGGAAAAGCUAUCACAGAAAGAUAUUUUACAUGAAAACUGUAACUGACUAAAGACUGGGCAAAAUUCAACAUUGUAAAGCUUAUUUUUGAUAUGAUUUUUUUUUUCUUUUUCCAUUAUAUCCAUUACUGUGCUAAUUGUGCUGAUGACAUGGUAUGGUCACAGGUUGCAAGCAGGUCUUGAACCUAAUGCGCUCAGUGUUUUGUGUCUGGAAUGGUGAGGAUGUUUUUGUGUGAUGCACCAGGGCUUUCUUUAAUGCUGCUUUUGUAUCACACAAGGGACAAAAGGUCAGUAAUGUAACUAUGUAUUUCCUAAUAUAUGAAGUAUGAAUCCAAGCCCAGUGAUUUUUCUUUUUGUUUUGUGUUAAAUGAAGGAUGCCAGCACACGACUCUCCACUCUGUGUGCUAUUUUAUAGCAGCAAGGAUAUAAUGCCUCCCCUCCUCAAUGUAGUUUCAAUAUUACUCAAACAAACUAUGUUGAAUUAAAUGUUUUUUUCCUCACAUGGCACAUUGUUGCUGGUAGCUAUGCAUGGUUCCUUUUUGCAAUGUGUAGUGCAGCUUAUAUUGUGUUAAUGAAUGCAGUUGUGUAUAUGUAUGCGUGGUGGCAUGUUUGUUGAUGUGCAUGCUAACAGUGGCUGGCAAAAGUAUUCAGGCGUUAUUACACACAGUAAACUUAUAUCAUUUGGUAGAGAAUUGUCAACCGCUUUUCUCUGUGUGCUGCUUGUUUGCAGUGCACACGUUUGCUUUCUUUCUUUCAGCGUCCAGGUCUGUUCUGUUGCAUAGAAAUUGGUCUAUUUAAUAUAAAUUAAUAUAUACCGUUCCUACUGGAAUUUUGACAUUUUGGUCAAGCUGUGAGUCAUUGCUUGAAACUAAUUUUCCUACCUUCCUGUCCUACCUCACUUUUGAUGUAACUCCCAUAUUUCACAUUCUCCCUGUUUAAAUUGUGCCAAACACCAUCAAAUCUGAAAUGUUAAUCUCCAAAUGACAAAGACAACCAGCCUCAUAUGUGACCUGGCACUUCCACCAAAAGAUUAAAUAGAUUUUAGUUAAAAGUCAUUUCUAACCGGAUAUCCAGAAAUAGAUAAAUAUUUUAGAUCAAGCAGUUCUUAGAUUGGAGUUUUGACCCUAGCCUGUAAGUCAGACACAUUACAAAGACAUUGCGGGAUUUACCUGCCUGACACAGACUUUCCUGUUCUGCACAUGCAUUCCUGUCUUACAUGAUUGCAGUGGGUGUGGUCUCAAAGACUUUGGCUGCUGGCAGUCAAGAACAUAUAUGAAUUUUAUUGUUGUAGAUUAUUCACGAAGCAUCGGGAUGUUAUAGAAAAUGUAGCACAUGUUUUGAAGUCACCCUUUGGUAUCAAACACGGUGUUCAGUUUAGGAAACAUAACGACUAAGGUCAAUCCGUCAUUGAAGUAAGCUUUUCCUCUCCCUCCAGCACACAAGCACACCUUGCAAACACUUUGUUGCUUUUGACUUAAAUGUUUGAAAUGUUUACAUUGUACGCUAUUUAAUCUUAAGGCAUUCACAUGUCUUAUCAGAAAUAAUAAAACUGAUUAAAGACUAGUUUAACAAGAAAUGACUUCUCUGCUGUUGUGAAGACAUGCACUGGGAGAGUUCAGUAUGCUGUGUACAGUAUUUGACAAUUCCAUUUGUUAUGAUGAAUAGUUGAUAACCUGAUAACUAUACAGUCUUUAAAGAGAACGCCCAAAUAAAAUGACUUAUUUAUAAGCUUGC